UGAAGGUAAUGAUAUGGAUAUUAUUCAUGGUACAACUCCAUGUGAAAUUUUUUGCCUGUUCAGAUUCAACAAAUCAAACACCAAAAGUAAACACCACGGCGUCAACUACAACAGCCUCAGUAACGGAGUAUUACAGUUCUACUUCAAAUAACAAUGUGACACAGACAACUACCUUCAGAGAUACAACAAAAGGAGAAUCUCCCCCAACAACGAAUACAUCACCCAUACAGCACAGCAACACAUCAACCAUACAGCACAGCGCCACAUCAACCAUACAGCAGAGCGCCACAUCAACCAUACAGCAGAGCACCACAUCAACCGUACACCACAGCACCACAUCAACCAUACAGGAUUGCAAUUCAACCAAUUCCAGUCUACCAUGGAAUAUGAGAUUCGAGACCUUGAUUGUGAUGUCGGCUGCCGGAGGUAUCGUGGUGCUGAGUAUAGUUUGGAGUAUCUUUGUCUGUUGGUGGUACAGGCGUAAACUUAAUCGUUUAUUAUCUGAAAGGAAGUCUGAAAAUGAUGCAGAAAAGGGUGUAUUGCUACAUGAAAUGAAUGGAAGGAAAACGUCUGCAGUCACGUACAGAGGGGAAAUUAUUGAUAAAGAUCUCAGUUCUGGCGUUAUGAGUACGCACAGUAAAGUGGAGGACAACGAUGAACGAAUGAGCGAUUUGUAUGACGUCACAGAUCCAGACUAUGAAGACGCCGACAAAGAAAUAAAAAUAAUGGUAUCCGAAAAACCAAGAAAAAUCAACGAUGAUGAUGAAAUUGAAGAUGGCGAAUACGAUAUUCUUAAUGUUGAAGACAAAAAGACACAGGAGAAACGUGAAAGUGAUUAUGCAUGCGCAGAGUUUAAAAGCUCAAAAGAUGACGUCGAUUCCGAUACAUACGAUACAACAGACACGUGUAAGAGAAUAGUCUGCGACAGAGACCAUAAACAUGAAAAUUGUGAAACAGAACAUCCUUUAGAAAACUCCGGUUUUAAUCAGAGUGAGGUACAAAAUGAUGCAAACUUAAAUAAAAACACUGAUUCGUCGGAAUCAAACGGGAAAAUAGUAAAUUCCGAAAACAAGACAGUUGUGUCGAAGGAGUCGAAGGACGCAAAAGAAGAAAUCAAAUUCCAAGAAAAUACAAAUCUGAAUAAUAAUGAAGAGAAGAAAUCCAUUAAAUCCGAUGGAAAAGGUGUGAAAAAAGAAAUUAAUAAUGAAAACAAAUCUACUUUUAAUGGAUAUGAGUUUGUAAAGCUCGUUGACGAAAAAGAUGACUCGGUGAAAAGUGAUGCAAGGAAUUCAACAGGGGACUCCAAAAAAGAUGAAGCUUUGGAAAAAUUAAAUACUAGUUUGGAAACCAUCGAAGUAUGAAAACACUGGUGAUGUUCGAGCAUUUCAAAGCAAAAAAAAAAUGUUUAGAAAUAAUUUGUUAUUCCUGCAUCUUUAAAUAAAUUUCAAAUUAGCCA